AUGAAGCUCGCCGUGGUGUCCGUGCUACUGCCCGUGCUAUUUCUGGGCCUCUUCCUAAAGUCAAAAGACCAGGAGGUGCUCCUCUCCUACGGACACUUCCUCAAAAACACCUUCAAAGAAUUAUUGCUCUUCUUUAAUAUCUUUGACAUUGAGUUCCCACCAAGUUAUGUGCAAAACGAAAAGCUCCUAGGCCUACACGUGAGAGAUAUAGAGAAGGACGCCUACACAGCGUACCCCAUUCUGAAGGAGCUAAAACAGAAGGAUUACUUUCGCAUCUUCAAGGUGAAUCUUCAUAUCCCAUGCAAGCUGUCCAAGGUAAAUGAGAAAUGUAAAGAAAUAAAAAAGUGUAGUGUGUGUGAAUGUCACGACGAUGAGAUUCCUUAUAACUUCCGGACGAAUGAAAUUGAAAUCAUUGAAGACAAAAUGUCAAGUGAAGAUUUGAAGAAAACCUUUAUUGAGAGCAAACUGUAUAAAGAUAUUCUGGGCAUUUACGCUCCCUCCGACGAGGGCUUCCUGUCCUACGUGGACCUGGUUUACAAUUCGCCCUCCUUCACUGCCUACGAGGGGCGCAACAUAUGGAACAAGAUUUACCGGGAGAACUGCUUCCAGAAGGAGGAGAACAAGUGCCACGAAAUGAAAAGCUUCUACAAGAUCAUCUCCGGCAUGCAGUCCAACAUUGCCAUCCUGUCGGCCGAGUACCACUACCUCAAAAACGACUUUGUCUUCGGCGACAUGCACACGGAUGAUGUGAUGAAGAGCGAUUACUUUAAGAAGCAAAAUUAUGAAUACAGCAUGCAGUUUUUUAAGGAGAAGAUUGCACUCUACCCGGAGAGGAUAGAAAACUUGUAUUUCACCUUCGCCAUUUUGCUCAGGGCCAUGUGCAGGCUCAAGUCGCUCGUCAGUCAGUGCAAGUGCAACUCGGGCCACGCGCAGAACGACAAGGAGGCUCUGAAGGUGCUGAACGACCUGCUGGGCAGCUUCUACCACUCGUGCGCCUCGGAGCAGUUCCUCGAGCCCAUCUUUCCCACCCAGGGGAAGGAGAUACUCGCCAAAUUUAUGAACAUAACAAACAUCCUGGACUGCGUGCCCUGCGUGAAGUGCCGCCUGCACGGCAAGCUGAAGACCACCGCUCUGCAGAUAGCCUUGGUGGAGGGGAUGAGUUACGAGCACAUCGGCUCCCUCGAGCGAAACGAAAUCACGGCCCUCAUAAACUCCCUGUACUACUUCGCCGACUCGAUUAUCAUCCUGAACAAGUUCGAAGAGAGGCAGAAACUAAAAAGAGCCACCUUCAUUUUUUACCUCCUGUCCUUCUGUUUCUUCCUCAUCCUGAUCAUCUACUCCAUCGUUUUUAUUACCGUGCGCAAUUGUAAGAAGAUGAAGAAGAAGAAGAAAAUAAGCUGA